GCAGUGAGUAAUCAGCUUCAUCUGCGUGACUCUUGCUUAGCAAUCGGGCGUAUCGAUACCUCAUCGACAUGCGAGACAUCACGGAAAGUCUUGUAGUCGCCAACAUCCACUUGCGACAAACAUACGUCCACAUCGGUGAACCAAACUCUCUCAACGUCGAUGAUCAUCCGUCGCACAUGCGCGAUGUCAGCACGUUUGGCACGUUUACCAGCACACAGCAGCAGCGUGCCUAUGAAACACGGAAACGGUAGACGAUGGAAAGUUAAAUGCAGGAACAGGAACAGGC